AUAAUUACUUGUACAUGUUGCAACGUUAGGAAAAUGCAAUUCAAUUAUCAAAAGUAGUGAUAGAAGAUGCGUGGUGUUGAGUUCUGCCAUCAAUGUGAUAAAAGCGUGAAUCUCGUGGCAGGCAAAUCGUUUCCCUGCAGUCCAUCGGUCGGUAGUGUUUACUAGAUGAAGAGUUUUUGGUGCAGUACGACACUUUGCCGAAUGCGUGCGUGAAAGUUGUGUCCUGUAAUUAGCAGUAGCAGCAACAGCAGCAGUAGCACCAAAUCUUCCAUUACCACAAAGCAGAACCGGAGGACAACUUAUGAUAAUACGAUGGGCCAAACUAUCAGCAGUGCAUCAACGAGAAGUGCAUCGUCCUGCCCCGGCCCGAACAAUCUGCCCCCGCUACAGUUCCACAACGUGCACGGUGACAACAUCCGGAUCUCGCGCGAAGGCACCGUCGCCAAGCGGUACGAGUCGUUCUGCAAAGGCAUCACCUUCAGUGCGCGGCCGGUGCGCGUCAACGAGCGCGUCUGCGUCAAGUUCCUCGACAUCUCGAACAACUGGAGCGGUGUGAUCCGGUUCGGGUUCACCUGCAACGAUCCGGCGUCGCUGCGCGGCAAUCUGCCCAAGUACGCGUGUCCGGACCUAACGAACAAACCCGGCUUCUGGGCGAAGGCCCUGAACGAGCGGUACUGCUAUCGCAACAAUGUGCUGUUCUACUACGUGACGCCGUCCGGGGAUGUCCACUUCGGCAUCAAUGGCGAGGAGAAGGGCGUGUUCAUCACGGAUGUGGAUGCGCGCGGUCCGCUGUGGGCCGUGAUUGACGUGUACGGAAAUUCGACCGCGAUCGAGUUCCUCGAUUCGCGCAUCUACAUGUUCCAGGCUCAGCAGCAGCAGCAGCAGCAGCAUCAUCAGCAGGUGCAAGUUCAGCAGCAGCACCAUCACCAUCAUGCCCAGAGUCAGUCGCGUCGUUCGACGGAUCAGGAGAUCGUGCCGCAGCUGGAAUCGCUUAGCAUCAACCAGCACAACCACCAGCUGAUGGAGGAACGACCGCCGACGGUGGCGCACUGUGGGGCACUCAGUCCGACGACCUCGGUUCGCUACAAUAGCCCCGCACCGGGGCUGCUACCUCUUCCCUUCCAUCCGGUGCGCGGGCGUAACAUCAAGUUCUCCGCCGAUCGGUACGUCGCGACCCGAGCCGACACCGAGUUUUGCCAGGGAUACGUAUUUUCGCCGCGGCCAAUCAAGAUCGGUGAGCGGCUCAUCAUUCAGAUCCUCAAGACGGACUCGAUCUUCGUCGGUUCGUUGGCGCUUGGUUUGACGUCCUGCGACCCGGCAAGCCUGCAGCUGAACGAUCUUCCGGAUGACUCCGACAUGCUGCUCGAUCGUCCGGAGUACUGGGUGGUGAGCAAGGAUGUCGCCUCCACGCUGGUCCGUGGGGACGAGCUGUGCUUCAGCGUGACGGUGAACGGCGAGGUGCAGAUCAGCAAGAACGGUGGCCCACCGUCGGUGAUCAUGCACAUCGACCAGUCGCUGCAGCUGUGGGCCUUCCUCGAUGUGUAUGGCUCGACGCAGAGUGUCCGCCUGUUCAGUCACACGCUGCCGGUUCCCACCGGUUCUUCCUCGUGCGCCUCCAGCAUCUACGAGGCCCGGUCACACUCGUCGCUGGCCGCAACCACUAGUCAAUCGGUACGCAAUCUUCAAGUACAAAUGCAAAGCAGCAACUCCGUGAUGGCUGAGGCGGCCUCGAGCUGCCGAACACUCGCUGGAAGCUCGUCAACGAGUGCCCUGGCGACGACCACCACCGCCACUGCCACCGUACGCCCGGACAUGAUCCAGAUCAAUCCGGGUGGCACCGUGCUCGUGGUGAAUCUGCCUCCGACCGAUCUCCUGACUCAGCAGCAACAACAGCAGCAUACCGCACAGGCGGCGAUUGUGACCGCCCGUGGUAUGACCGCUUCCGCCUCAACCCUGUCCGUCCCACUGUCGACGCUGUCGCUUUCCUCACACACCGGCUCCACCGGAACCGGUGGUGACCUGAUGGCUACCAACAACAACAACAACAACAACAGCUAUGCUGCUAGCAACGGUUAUACUGAGUCGCUUCCUUCAUACAACAAUGCAGCAAACUACUCGGCCCUCGCCACCGGAGGACCCACGACGACCGCCGGCGGUAUCUACAGUUCGACCAACUGCGUCGAUUGCACGAUCUGCUUCGAGAAACCGAUCGACUCGGUGCUGUACAUGUGCGGCCAUAUGUGCAUGUGCUACGACUGUGCGAUCAAGCAGUGGCGUGGCAUCGGCGGUGGACAUUGUCCGCUCUGCCGGGCCGUUAUUCGUGACGUCAUCCGCACCUACAAGUCGUAAGCGGGGAAGCGAGCAGCGAACCACCCGGCAUCAUUUGGGUUCGAGGCAUAGCCAAAGAAGUGGUACCUCCACCGGUUGAUCGAAUGCCCCACGUUCCUCGCCGUCACGGGCGCGGAGCAGGGCAGUGAACCACCGGAAAGAGCAUACACCCACACACGGACAUGUGAUUAGCAGUUGCGAACUUGUGAUUCAGCGAUAGAUACAAAAAGCCUAUAGCACUAACGGGAAAGGGAAGGAUGAUGAUAUGGCGAGUUCAACUCCGAUCGAACACCGAAGCGUUCGAAUGUAGCAGUUGUCGUUGUUGUUGUAGUUGUUGUUAAAAAAGGAUAAUCUCGACACGCGUCUGUGUUGUGGUGGAAAGCAAAUGCAAACCACAGACGGAAAUUGUGGCAAACAUAAAUUAACACCGAUAGUUUAUUGGAAACCAAGAUAAAUUAUUGUGUAGUCAAAAUUUAUAGUGGCAAAAAGCAUUUAGGAUUCUGUUGGCAAAACAAGAAGUAGGAUACGGAGAAGGAAACCUUUGAGGCGCUUGUUUAGAUGGUUAGUGUUUGAUGGUAGCCAAUCCUGCAACCUAUUAAAGAAUGGCCCAAACAGCGCCAACACAGCAUAUACACAAACACACAAUUGAUUAGUUUGUAAGCGAAUCGUGUAUAGGUUAGUAAAAGGCUGGAUAAGUUAUAUCCACAGCAAAACCAAAAUCGAUUAUGCACGCGAUCAUAGGGCUGGAGGAAAGUGAAAUGCAUUUAUACUACCCCCCCGUCGAUAGAUGGUACCGAUGAACGAUGGUUUUAUGCGCCAGUCAUUCCUUCAUCAGUAAAACAAGGCCAGUAUAAUUAGUUCCAUAUCGUGUUUAUUGGUUUCGACUGCGCUGGCCAGACGGUAGACGCGGUUGCUUGUGAUCGAAAGGCAAUUAUACGGAGAAGCGAAACAAUUUUGCCAAAUAAGUCACUUCCAAAAACAGAGAGAAAUCAAGAGAAAGAGGGCGCGCGCGCUUCGUGUACGUUGCAUAGAGUAGAAUUGUUUAGGAGUAGUUUCGAGUCGCAGACAGUCUUGGCUUACGGGCAAACCACAAAACUAUGCGUCUGUUCGGAAGUUUCCUACACUGGUGUAUAGUUAAUUAAUAUUUCUACGUUAAUCUCAUCUCAUCGAUAAGGCACAUGGGCGCAAAAAGCAAAACGAAAAACCGAUUCGUCCAUCCGAUAUGUUGCCCUAGUUUAAGCGUACAGUCUGAAGUGUAGUUUGAUUAAUUUAUUUUCUAGUCAAAUAGUCAAAGCAACAAAUUUAAGUUUUCGCAAGAAAAGAGUCGAAAAAGCAAAGAAGAAAAAUUAAACAAAACUAUUGACACAUACAAAUCGAUGUAUUUUUUCUACUUGUUUUACCUGGGAGCAGUUUUGGAAUGCUUAUUGCGCAAAAACGGGCAAUCAUUAGUUGCAACGUAGCUUAUUGUUCUUUUGGAUCCGCUUUGUUGUUUGUGCGUAAGAAGUCGUGCUGGAAUUAUGCGAUAGCUUUUAAGUAGGUUCGAGUCUGCUUUUCUCAGUCGCCAAAUGGUAAGAAGCUCUAGCUGUUUCCUUUUGACGGUGGGCGGGUUGGCAAUGGAUAAGGACGUUUGGCCAGUAAGUUAAUGGAAACGAGGGAACGAUAGGGGAAUGUAGAAAAAUAAAACCGGCAGCCAAACCGGUCACUACCAAACAAUUUCUGGCUAAGAAGUAGAGCGAAUGUAAGAUUUAUUUGUAGUAGAUGAAUGCAACAGUCUUUGAUGAUAAUUUAUUGUUAUAGGUACGAAGUAAAGAAUGAGGAAUUAUA